CGGCCCCCAUUGGCUGCCUGGGCCUGCAAUGGGACUGCACAAGGGGCCCACGCCCAGAGGAAGGAAUAAAAGGCCGUCCCUCCUCACCAUUCCUGCCACUCAGGACACUGCAGCCAGGAGGUGACCACAAAGAGCGAGGAGCGACCAAGAUCACACGAUGUCUGAGCUGGAGAAGGCCGUGGUGGCCCUCAUUGAUGUUUUCCAUCAAUAUUCUGGAAAGGAGGGCGAUAAGCACAAGCUGAAGAAAUCCGAACUCAAGGAGCUCAUCAACAACGAGCUUUCCCAUUUUCUAGAGGAAAUCAAAGAGCAGGAGGCUGUGGACAAAGUCAUGGAAACAUUGGACAACGAUGGAGAUGGCGAAUGUGACUUCCAGGAAUUUGUGGCCUUCAUCGCCAUGAUUACCACAGCCUGCCACGAGUUCUUUGCACACGAGUGAACUAGAGAAAGCAGCCACGCUGUUCCUGCAGCAGAGGCGAAGUCACACAAGGAAGCAGAGAGGGAGGGCUUGUAGGCUAGUAGGAGCUGAGCUUUCCAGCUGUGUCGUAGCCAUUAGGAAGCUUCAUUUUCUUUGUGAAUGAAAAAUCGAAAAUCUCUUUCCAAGGGCUGUUUUAAUGGCCCCCAUCAUUCCUUCUGCUAUAUUAGGCAUAUGUGCUAGCUGACUGGUCCCUGGGAUUCCUGGUAAUAUCAUGUAGGAAAGUCAAUUCUCAGUCACAAAGCCUGGGCUAUACCAAAUCCUAACGCAGAAAAACAAACAAACAAACAAAACCUGACUACCAAACAAGAUUCUGGAUAUUUGUGGUUUCCUUAAAUGUCCACUUCAUUUGAAACAACAAAGCUCUAUGGAACCUUUGAAUAGGCUGCCAUUUCUUAAAUUUGUUAAUCAGUGCCAAUGAAACCCAACAUAGUUAGAGGGUGUGAAAAUGCUGUCCCACUGGCCCUUAGAGCAUGGUCUCAUUUGGAUCCCUUUUCCCGUGGUGAGCUGUGAUUCCUGAGUAGAUAUUUAAUGCUAACCGUUCUAAAUGGGAAAACGUGUCCCAUAAACCAACAAGUACUGAAACCUUAACUCUAAUCGAAACCAAGAAGCAAAAUUCCACCUUCAGUGGAAUUCUCCCGCUAGGCUCACACUUUGCUGGAUCUGUGGGACUCGGGUUUUGCAGGAGGAUGGGCCUCGCCGCAGACAAGUGAUCUAGUCUCCCCAGCCUCCUCUCCCCUCUGUGAGAUGAUGGGUUACUACUGAUGUGUCCGGUCUGUCGGUGAAUGUCUUUCCUACCUUGUUUGCGCUGUUGAUAAAAGUCAGUGUACUUGGAAAGCUGGACGUAACGCUCCUGUAUCUACGAAUUCAAAUAAAUCAAGUUUCAAAUAAUCGUUACAAAUAUUUUUUAAAAAUCGCUUCCAGGAAAAUUCAGAUUAAUCCUACCCACCUCUUUUCCUGCUCUGUAUUACUUAAAGACACACAUUUCGUAAAACCGUUGAUCGCUUGUAUUUGCAUUCAAUAAAAGAGCACUGUGCUAA